AGCGCCGACGGAACAAAUAGGCCUAAACAGCAAAACAAACUUUGUAAAGUUAUGUCUUGUCGACGAACUCCUCCAGAAAAAGCGCCACAAGUGUUCCUAAAACCAAUUAAAAUGACUCAGGAAUCAGACACAGCAUCUGACAGGGUAUCUGAACCGGACAAUGAAAGUUCAAAGUACAUAACUCAACGUCCUAAACGUAAACACGGUGACUCAACCUUAUCUGAAAUUAAAGAAAUGAUAAAUAAUUUAACUCAAAAACAGGAUACUCAAACACAAAAAUUCGACCAGGAAAUGAAAAAAAUGUUACAGCAAAACAAUGACAUCAAACAAUCUCUUCAAUAUAUGUCUGAAAAAUAUGAUGAUAUUUUAAACCAAUUAAAGCAAACCAAAUCAGAAAACACAACAUUUAAAAGACAAAUUAAGUUGUUGGAACAAAAAGUCGAGUUACUUGAGCGGAAUUCAAAAGCUGCGUUCCUGGAAAUAAAAAAUAUUCCUCAAGAAGAAAAGGAGGAUGAGUCAUCCUUGGUUAAACUGGCACAAAAUGUUGGUUUGGCUCUUGAUGUGCCUAUACGCAGGGAGGAUCUUCAGAAUAUAUACAGGAUUAAGAGAACAUCGAAUAAAAUUGGUCCAAUUAUAGUGGAAUUUACAACCAAAUCGCUAAAAGAAAAAAUUAUCGGGGCUGCGAAAUUUUUCAAUAAAAAUAGUACAAUAAAAUUUAAUACAUCCCACCUGAAGCUUAAAGGACAACCUACACCAGUGUAUAUAUCAGAAAAUCUCACAACCAAUGGAAGAAGACUUUAUUUCUUAGCAAGAGAAUGUGUUAAAAAUUAUAACUUCCUGGGUACCUGGACUACGAAGGGAAAAGUCUUUAUACGAAAGAAAAGUGGGCUGCCGGCAAUUCAUAUUACAAGUGAAGAAGACAUUUCAAACCUGAAAUCACAAUGACUAGAAUUGUAUUCAUUUUACCUGCUUGUAUGUUCUACUGUUGGUCUUUACUGCAUGCUUAAUUAUAGAAUAUCUUUUUAUUGCACAAUAUUUUACCCAUUAAAAACACAUACCAU